CCCUUUUUGUCCAUGCCUUUAUUGGUGCUAUAAUUAAACUCGUUCAAGAGGAAAAAGUUAGUUUUUUAAAUUAUUUUUUUCAGUAAUAUUCUCAAAAACGCAUUUAAGUUAUGAAUUUAACAUAUAUUUAAUAUUUCGCGUAAAAAUAUUUUAAAUAAUUAGCGAGAAAUAAUGAAAUUAUAAGUCAUAAGUAAUUACGUGCCUUGAAAAAGUCAAAAUGGACGACUUUUUUUUUAGUUGAUUAUUCACAUUCUAAUUAUUAGUACUGCAAUAAGUUUAAAUAUCUCAAGAAAUAAGCUACUAGCUUUUGUUAAAAGAAACAUAUAAUGAAUUUGCAUUUGGGAACUUUUUUGGUUUUUAUGACCAAAAAUAAAACUUAUAUUUUAGUUUAUUUUUGUGUUUAGAUAUCAAUAUCUCUUUCGCUUUGCUAUUGACAAGUAUCCUAUCACUUCGAAAUGCCACGGGCUUGUGCAAUUCGCCAUUGUCGAAGCAAUUGGAAAAAAGAAUUGACUUCUUCAUUUCCUGUGCCUGGCUUCUUCACUCCUUUGGAAUUUAGUAGGCGUGCUGCCUGGAUUAAAGUUUUACAAGAAGGCAGUUUUGUGAAAAGCCCUACUUUGGGAGAUCAUAUAUGCUCUUUACAUUUUCAAAGUGGUAAACCUGCUUCGCCGCACGACGUUGAUGAUACUGAUUGGGCCCCUAGUAUAUUUGUGCCUCCACUGACUGUUAAGAUCAUGUCCAAAUUUUUCGAUAGAGAAUUAAUUCUAGCUAAUACGAAAGCUAUUAUGUUAAGAGAAACACCUUCUGGAAUAUUAUUUAUUCGUCAAAAUUUCAGAAGUUAUGAAUCCGCCGUAUCAUCCACAUUUGGAUUUCCCAAUGUCGGGAAAAUGCGCUUCUUCCUUCGGCGAUUAAUAAGAGAUAUUUCUCCAGUUCAAUUUUUUAAUCAGACAGCUUACGAACAAGUGUUAUUGUCUUUAACUUAUGUUUGUCAUUUCAUUACGAAAGGUCAUAUUGAUGGUUUAAGCGCAAGCCCAUUGCCACAUCUCUCUCAAUUUUGGUUGUGUUUGAUAAGAAGAAAUUUAGAAGUAGUAUUGCAAAUUUUAAGCACGAAAAAAUCUUCUAAGAUAAUAGAGAGAAUUCACGACAUAUGCAAAACAGACGUCGUGGUCUUGGUAAAGGAAUUUAAGUUGCUCGUAUCAGGUAAAGCAGUCAAAAUGCUUAUUGGAGUAACAUUAUCAGAUCAGAUAUGUUAUAUCUCGCCGUUAUAUUCGAUAAAACAGUCAAUGGAAGAUGCAAUGAAUAAAUACGGACUUUCAUUGCUUAUUGAUUACAAUGGAGUUGUAAUUGGUAAAGCAGAAGGAUCGAAAAAGUUGGUUUAUAAAAAGUUUGAUUUACCCGGUGGAAUGUUUUGGGGCAUACCUGUGAAAUUUGAGAAUUUUAAGAGUCUGAAUGAAUAUAUUGAAAAGAUUUUUAGCUCAAUACUUGAAAGAAUGAAUAAUAUUCAAAAGAGUAUGAAUGUUCAUAAUGGUGGAACAAUUAAGACAUUUAACUUUGCUGGCAUCAGCCUUUACACUUACUUUUUGAUUACUGAAGUCAACAGGAUCCUCACUCAAGAUGACAGCGAAACAUUUUACAACUUAAUGGAGAAUUUUAAUAACAAAAGCCGUAAGAGACUAACUGAUGUAGAGAACAAAAUAGCUGAGCACGAUCAUUUAAUUGAGGUUGAAAACGCUAAUAGUAUGCAUUUUUCAUCUGAAGCAGUAGUUUCUGAUCAAGGAAGGGUUGUUGAUACUCUUAUGAAUACUGAUGUUACAAACAAUGAUAUUUCUACAGAAGAAAACUUAAAUACUAUUACCGUGAAACUACUGUAUCCGCCACCAACUGAUAGCAAACAAGACAAUUUAGUCGACAGUAAUUCGGUACCCAAAAUAUAUUGCGGUAACACAGAGUUUAUGAUAUCUGAAGGACAAAGAAACCAUACUAGGAGCGAAAACUCUGAUCCUAAUUCAGUGAAAAUAAUUUAUUCAGACCCACCUAUUAAUACGUGCGAUAGCUUACUGGUUAGUGAUUCAGUCCCAUCAAAAGAUUCUUUCAGUACGAAGCGUAGUCUAACCAAAAGCCUGGGAAAGGUUUCAAAAGAAAAACAUAUUGAUAAUCUUAAUUUGAGAAUAAUUUUUUUAAACUCAUCUGUUAGCCCAAGCAAUAAUUUAGAGAGCAGUCCUUUAGUGACAACCCUCCGAAACUCAGCUGGUGUUGAAUCUUAUUCUCAAAAAGAUACAAAUAUGACACAUACAGCUAAUGGGGCAGAAGAAAAUAGUUUAGGUUCGGGUUCGAAUGGUACUGAAUCUCACUCUCAAGAUUCUAUAAAUAUUGUAACAACUGGCGUAACAGAAGAAAAUAAUUCGGAUUCCGGUUCAAAUUCAGGUUCUAACUCAGGUUCUAAGUCAGAAGGUGCUGAAUCUUCUUGUGAAUAG